AAUUUAUUUAAUUUAAUUUCAUUUUGGUAAGAAAAAUAUUUGUUAAUUCACUUUUCUAGUUAGUAGUAGCUUCUAAGGGAAGCCUUGUUGUUAUAAUUAUGGGGGAAAAAGUCUUUCGGGAAGCCAGACAACAUUUUCUGGACUGAGACUUGUCAUCUCAAAAGCCUCACUGAGGAUACCAAUGUCAGCCAGAUCUGGCAGUGCAAGACAUUAUGAAACUAGUGGCCAGCUGCCUGGUCAUUCAGGUUCCCCACCGAAUGCAGAUUCUAGUGAGACUGAGGCUGAAGGCUUGAUAUUUUAUCACAUGGAUCUUUAUGGAUCAAAGGAAAGGUUUGAUAUCUUUCCUGAGGAGCCAUCUGGUCAAGCAGACAGUUCUCAGGGGAAUAGCAGAAAGGAACCUGCAUUGAGCAGUGAAAAAAUUCAGCACUCACAAGAAGCUGGAUAUGACUUGGAAAAGGAGGUUGCAGAGCUGGCCAAGAUGUAUGGACUUGAUGAGGAUAAAGAAAAAGAGCUUGAGCUUCUUGGAGGACAUCUGGAGACAGUGGAGAGAAGAUGGCCACCGGCUCACACACAAAAAGCAGGAUCACAAGGCUCUGUAUACAGUGCAUCAAAAAGCAGCUCUCCAGUGAAAGAUCAAAGUACAAAGCAACAGGGGCUUCCUGGUGAGGCUUCUCAAGAUGAAGAUCAGAGCAAAGCCAGAGCAGAGGAUGACGCUGAGAGCCACACGUGGUCCAGAGAGGUGCUCAGCAGCGGUGGCAUGUCAGAUGAGCGGAGCAGCCAGGCUAUCAGCGAGGAGGAGGAAACAGCAGAUGUUUUUUGCUCUACCUGCAAGGUGCCAAUCCGAGCCUUUGACAAACUGUUUGGUGAGCACAGGGAUCAUGAGGUGGCUCAGCUCUCCAAUGCCGUGGAAAGUGAGAAGGAGGAGAUUCAUAAAAACAUGUGCAAAUUGGAAGAACAGAUUGCUCAGAUGGAAAACUUUGCCAGUCACUUGGAAGAAAUCUUCAUCACUGUAGAGGAGAAUUUUGGGAGGCAGGAGCAGAACUUCGAGGUGCAUUACAACGAUGCAGUGCAAGUGCUUGCUCAGAAGUACGAAGAACAGUUGGAAGCUCUGGGGGAAGAGAAGAGGCAGAAGCUGGAAGCAUUAUAUGGGCAGCUCGUCAGUUGUGGGGAACAUCUUGACACCUGUAAGGAACUGACAGACACAACCCAGGAGCUUUACCUGGAAAAUGACAAAGCCAAUUUUAUGAAGGCAGCAGUAACCAUGGUUGACAGACUGGAAGAAUUCUUAAAGAAAGAAGUGGAUUUAGAGCUUUCAACACUGCCAGACUUUGAAGAGCGCAAGAUAGAUUUCUCAGAAGUUGAACAGCUAAUGAACUCCAUUAAUACUAUUCCAGCUCCUUGUGCCCCUGUGAUCAAUCCCCAGGCUCCCAACGCAGCGACUGGCACCUCACUGAGAGUUUGCUGGGGCCUCUUCUCAGAUGACACUGUCGAGUGCUACCACCUGUGCUACAAACCAGUGAGCAAUGAGAUGCACGGUGAUGAACAAGCAGAGCAUAUGCUAAAAGUCAAAGAAACUUACUGCACCAUUACUAAUCUGUUGCCAAAUACACAGUACGAGUUUUGGGUCAGUGCUUUAAAUGCUUCUGGCAUCAGUCCACCAAGUGAAAGAGCAGUUUAUGUAACAGCUCCUUCACCACCUAUAAUUAAGAGUAAAAAGAUACGUAGCUGUGAAAAUGCAGCACUGGUGUGCUGGGAAUCUAGAGACAUUAACCCCGUUGAUUCCUACAUGGUCGAAUUGUCCAAGCUGACAGAUGAAGAAAAUGACAACACUAUUACUGAAUCUAUUGUUGGGAUUCCUAACUGUGAAGUCCUAAUUCACCUCCAGCCAAUACAAAGCUAUCGCAUCUGUGUUAGAGCCUUAAACCUGGGUGGUUCCAGUGAAAGAAGUGAGCCUGUCCUGAUACACACCACAGGCACCUACUUCUGCCUUAAUGAGGACACAGCCCAUCCUUUAUUGGCAAUCCUGGAUGAUGGAUUUACAAUUGCCUGUGAUGAACUGGAAAACCCGGAGUGCGAUCUGCCCGUCUACGAUAACAGCUUUACAAGGUGUAUUGGGAUUCUGGGCAGUCUCAUCCCAUUCCCAGGGAAGCAUUACUGGGAGGUGGAAGCUGAGGAAGAUACAGAGUACAGAAUUGGUGUGGCUUUUGAAAACACUCCAAGACAUGGUUAUCUGGGGGCAAACAACUCAUCCUGGUGCAUGAGGCACAUCAUCACGCCAUCAAGGCACAAAUACGAAUUCCUGCACAGUGGGAUGACACCAGACAUCAGAAUUACCAUCCCCCCCACAAGGAUUGGUGUCCUGCUGGACUAUGAGAACUACAGACUGUCGUUUUUCAAUGCUGAUAUUGCCCAGCACCUUUACACGUUCAAUUCACACUUCCAGCAUUACUUACACCCCUGCUUUGCUUUGGAAACACCUGGUAUCCUACAGAUACGUACUGGCAUUGCAGCACCCCCAUGGACAGCCCUCCCAUAACCCGUAUUCCUUUGCUGCCACACCUACAUAUAAUGUUGAGAAAUGCCCUUUUUCAGCAUUAACUGCUCAGUCGCACUCCCUAUAAACCAGCUCUCUCCUGAGAAGGAUGGCAAAAUAUCCCUGAUCCAAACAAGCUCCCAGGCCUAAGCUUUAGACAAUUCCUCUCGUCUUAGGCAGGAUCUCAGCAGAAAAACAUUAGUCACAAGAUCCAUCAGCAUCCUGGAGCUGUUCUCCAAAUUACUGAGGGUUGAAAUGACUACCGUCCUUCUCACAAGGGACACUGUUACCAAGCAGCAGUGGCAACUGGAUUACUGGCUCCCCCAAUACCCAUUUAUGCCUGGGGAACUCCCUUAUUCCACAGCAAUCGUAAACUCCACUCUUGUGUCUGCUGAAGAUCUAAAAAUUAAACGAAAAACAAAAAUAGCAAAACGCAUCAUCACUGUACAGCUGCUAGACAGAGCUGAAAACACUCCAAGCAUGAAGCUGAUCUCACAAUCAAGUAUUCUUGCCACUACACAGUCUGUGACACGAGAUAAUCAAAAACGCCUCCCUUGUGUGUGAACUGUUAGUGCAUCCCAUACACAGUAAGUGGAUUGAAACUGUGAAGCUUACUGAAAUACUCAACCAUGCCCUAGUCUCAAAUAUUUUAAAUAAAUGAGAAGCA